GUUGGGCGCUUUACCAACUGCUUGGUGGAGGCAAAAGCUGCGCUACAACAAAAGUCUGAAACCAUUCAACGCAAGUUCACAAUUGCAAAGUCGCUUUUGGCAAAGGCAGAUAAAUCUACAUUUGAUCGGCUUUGUGGACAGAUAUAUAGGCUAGAAACUGAACAGAAGAGAUUAGAGGAGGAUACAGUAGUUUACAAUCGGCUUCAAGAACAGCUAAAGCUUUCUCCAGCUUAUCAAAAGAUGGUUGAGUAUGGGCGCACACACUUCCAGUCUCAACACAAUACGGGCCAUUUAGAAAAGUCAGAUGAAGAAGAUGAUGAAAUUUCUUUUGAGGAGCUACUUGCUCAGGAAAAAAAGGAUUCAUUCUGGCAAAAGCAUGGCCCGAUUAGACCAUCAGUGCCUGUUCGAUAAAUGGUUUUGGCUUCAACUGCUUAAUGUUGGAAGGACAGUGUGAAGUAUCUUGCCUGUAUAGUUACAGAGGAGCAAAGAUCUCUUUUUGGGGAUGAGGGAGAUGUGUGAGGUUAAUGAUAUGAUGUGUCCUGUUUUACUUUUUUUACUUGAAUUUGAUCCUUGCAGUUUAUAUGUUUAUGAUGCUGUCCAUGUCAAAUGUGCGGCCUGUAUACAUGAAUUUAGAGUAUUUGUAUUUCACUCAAAUAAGAUAUGGGACAAUUGUGUAUUUUUAUUUUGCAUCGUUUUUAUGAUAAUGCCUGCUUUGAUCCAAGCUCGUAUUACAUUGGUUUUCUCUUGUUACUAACAAGUAUCAAAUAUUAUUAAAAAACUAUUCCACUUUA